CGCGCGCUCUCGUGGCCUCGGUGUCCCGGCGGCGCCAACCGAAGCGCCGCGCCCGCUGCCGACAUGCUGCGCCGCGCUCUGCUCUGCCUGGCCCUGGCCGCGCUAACGCGCGCGGGCGCCGCCGCCCCGGAGGAGGAGGACCACGUCCUGGUGCUCCACAAGGGCAACUUCGAGGAGGCGCUGGCGGCCCACAAGUACCUGCUGGUGGAGUUCUAUGCCCCUUGGUGUGGCCACUGCAAGGCUCUGGCCCCUGAGUAUGCUAAAGCUGCUGGGAAACUGAAGGCAGAAGGCUCGGAGAUCAGGCUGGCAAAGGUCGAUGCCACGGAAGAGUCUGAGCUGGCCCAGCAGUAUGGCGUCCGUGGCUACCCUACGAUCAAGUUCUUCAAGAACGGAGACACAGCUGCUCCCAGGGAGUACACAGCUGGCAGAGAGGCCGAGGACAUCGUGAACUGGCUGAAGAAGCGCACGGGCCCUGCUGCCACCACGCUACCCGACGGGGCCGCUGCAGAGGCCUUGCUGGAGUCCAGCGAGGUGACCGUCAUUGGCUUCUUCAAGAACGUGGAGUCGGACUUUGCCAAGCAGUUCCUGCUGGCGGCAGAAGCCAUCGAUGACAUACCUUUUGGGAUCACCUCCAACAGUGAUGUGUUCUCCAAAUACCAGCUGGACAAGGACGGGGUUGUGCUCUUCAAGAAGUUUGAUGAAGGCCGCAACAACUUUGAGGGGGACGUCACCAAAGAGAAGCUGCUGGACUUCAUCAAGCACAACCAGCUGCCGCUGGUCAUCGAGUUCACGGAGCAGACAGCCCCGAAGAUCUUCGGAGGUGAAAUCAAGACCCACAUCCUGCUGUUCCUGCCCAAGAGUGUGUCUGACUACGACAGUAAGCUGAGCAACUUCAAGAAGGCCGCCGAGCGCUUCAAGGGGAAGAUCCUGUUCAUCUUUAUCGACAGUGACCACACUGACAACCAGCGCAUCCUCGAGUUCUUUGGCCUCAAGAAGGAGGAGUGCCCCGCCGUGCGCCUCAUCACCCUGGAGGAGGAGAUGACCAAGUACAAGCCGGAGUCGGACGAGCUGACGGCAGAGAGGAUCGAGGAGUUCUGCCACCGCUUCCUGGAGGGCAAGAUCAAGCCCCACCUCAUGAGCCAGGAGCUGCCUGAAGACUGGGACAAACAGCCUGUCAAGGUGCUGGUCGGGAAAAACUUUGAAGAAAUUGCCUUUGACGAGAAAAAGAAUGUCUUUGUGGAAUUCUAUGCUCCAUGGUGUGGGCACUGCAAACAGCUGGCUCCCAUUUGGGAUAAGUUGGGAGAGACAUACAAGGACCAUGAAAACAUCCUCAUCGCCAAGAUGGACUCGACGGCUAACGAGGUGGAGGCCGUGAAAGUGCACAGCUUCCCCACGCUGAAGUUCUUCCCCGCGAGCACGGACAGGACGGUCAUUGAUUACAACGGGGAGCGGACACUCGACGGUUUUAAGAAGUUCUUGGAGAGCGGUGGUCAGGACGGGGCCGGGGACGAUGACGAUCUGGAAGAUCUGGAAGAAGCAGAAGAGCCUGACCUGGAGGAGGAGGAGGAUCAGAAAGCUGUGAGAGAUGAGCUGUGACCCGGGUGCCCCAGAUGCAACAGCCCCGCGGGCGGUGCGCCCCAGCAGCGCGGCCUCCAGGAGCCCAGGGACCCUCACGGGCAGGAGGGAACACCGACCGGAAAUGCAGGGAAUUUUUCUGAAGCAACACUUCAUCCUAACACGUGUAAAUUUAGACCCAUCUCUUACUUCUGCUUUUCAAUUUUUGGAAAGGGAUUUCUCUCCAGGCCAGCUCACCUUGGGGGGCCGAUUUUUUUUUUUUUAAAUUGUGAUGUACUUUUUCGUACAUGGUUUUGUCCAAAGCGCUCGUUAAAAUGUCUUGGAAUCUCAUGCAGGUGAAGUCUCUUUCCUGUUAGGUUUAUACUAUCACUUUAAAAAAUUCCAUCUGUGGGAUUUUGAGACAUUUUUGGACGUCAGGGCCUCCCUGGAGACUCCUGUCCCCUGCGUGGGGCGAGGCCGGGCCAGGCUGGACGGGUCCCUCUCACCUCAUGCCGGUGUCGCCGUGACCGAGCGUGGGUCUCACGUUGUUGGCUUAAACGGAGACACGGGGUCUCCGUCGCAGGGGGCCUUGUACGACUGCAGGGGGUGGUGGGUGCCGGCUGAGCCCAGGACAGACCCGGGCAGCUCCCCUGCCUCCCGAGCCAGGCUCCCCGGUGCUCUGUGACUUCCAGCGCCCCUGAGGCCUGCAGCAGGCAGAACCAGAACCCUCCAUUUCCAGGCUGGGAAACGGCCAAGGGUGCUUGAGCCGAACCACAUGUGGGCUGUUCUUCAGCCAUUUCUACCACGAUAUUGGAAUUGAACACAUUGGCCAAAUAAAGUUGAAAUUUUACUACCUCU